UCUCAUUCUCACUUGGUAAUUUUUAUUUUAGUCAUCACAUCGCAUAUUAUCAGAUAGUCAUUCAGUUGCUAUUGUGAGUUAGAAUGUGCAAGAUCUAGUAAUAUGUCACGGUCAGCUGUAAUUUUGAAUUUCAGUUUUAUUUUUUCGCUGAUGCUGUAAAAAAUUAACCGGAGAUAAAUUUGAAAAAAAUAUAUAGUUGUUAUUAUUGUUAUUUGGGAUUUACAACAUACAUUUUAUAUGUUGUUACUUAUUAAGUAAACAAUUUAAAUUAAAAUUUAUAAUUACAAUAAUUAUCAAUAUGGUGGAGCCUAUUUUUGAUUAUCAGUUUCGACUGAUACUUAUUGGUGACAGUACUGUUGGAAAAAGUUCAUUACUUAAAUAUUUUACUGAUGGAAAAUUUGCAGAGCUGUCAGAUCCAACGGUGGGUGUUGAUUUUUUUGCACGGCUGAUAGACGUCGAUGAUGGUACAAGGAUCAAAUUACAAUUGUGGGAUACUGCUGGUCAAGAAAGAUUUAGGUCAAUUACAAAAUCAUAUUAUCGUAAUUCAGUAGGAGCAUUAUUGGUAUACGAUGUAUGUAAUAGAGCAAGCUUUGAACACAUUCCACAAUGGAUGAUGGAAGCGCGUCGUCAUAUUGAACCUCACCGGCCAGUAUUUGCUUUAGUUGGUUGUAAAUUAGAUCUAGUAACUAAUGGAGGCAGACGAGAGGUAUCUAAAGAAGAAGCGCGAGCGUUUGCUGAUCAAAACGGGGUUCAUCAUAUCGAAACAAGCGCCAAGACCGGGGUAAAUGUUACCGAGGCGUUUCGUGCCGUCACUCAGGAAGUCUACAAUAGAAUUAAAACCGGGGAGUAUAAGAUCGAGGACGGUUGGGACGGUAUAAAGACUGGAUUUGCACGCCCCGGUGGUUUAGAUUUUAAUCUAGUCGAAGCUGAACCAGCCAAAUCCUCCUGUUGCUGAGGUACUUUCUUUAUUUUUUUUUUUAUUCCAUUACCAAAUCAUUUAUUUUUAUCGUAUACAUAUAAACUUUUCACUUAAUUAUACAAUUACAAGUACUGAUUAUUGUUGCCAAUUAUUGAUUUAUUAAAUUUAUAAAAUAUUUAAAACUUAUUUUUUUAGCGCCAUUGAAAAUAUUUAAUAUUUUUGAGGCGGGAUUCAAAUUGUUUACAAUCUCAACUUUUUUGUAUAUAGUUUGUAAAUUUUUCAGUAAAAAAAAAAAAGAAAGUAAUUAAUUAUUUCUCGGUAAUUGAUUUGAAAAUAGAGUAAAAUUUUUAAAAAAAUUUAAAGAUAAAUACUUUAGUGAUGAGGAAUAUGCUGUAGAUUUUUUUAUUUAAAAGGUAUAAUUGUGCCUUCUGGAUCAUAAAUUUAUUUCUUCAAUAUAAUUAUGUUUAUAAUAAAAAAAAAAUCUGUAUUAUAAUUAUAAUUAUAAAAUUUAGAUUAGAUUUUAAUAAAGUGCUUACAGAUUCACGCUUCGAACAAUAGUAAAUAAUAAUAAUUAAUCAAUAUACUAAUUUUAUAAAUUUCCAUAUGAAAUUUUAAAAAAUAUAUAAAAUGUAAAUACAACAUAA